AUUAUUACGGACUAUUUUAUUUGUAGUAUGCGACAUUCCAACUCUUAUAUAAGCAAAUCCAACCUUGUCUACCUUUGUUACAUGAUCAAACUAGCUACUACGUAAAACAUAUAUAGAAAUCCUACAAAUCUACUAAAAAACAAUAAUUUGUAACAAGAAAAAUCAUGGCCCCUUCAAAAGCCACCGAACUUGAUAUCCAAAACCAAAAGCCAUUGAGUCUUGAUGAAGAAGAGGAAGCUAAUUAUUCAUAUGGAGUUCAAAUUGCUAAUGCUUGUGCCCUUCCUAUGGUCCUCAAUGCGGCCAUUGAGAUCGGGGUGCUUCAAAUCAUUAAUGAUAAAGCAGGUCUCAAUGGGCUCUUGCCCGUUGAGAUAGCUACUCAGGUUCAUGCUAGGAACCCUGAGGCACCCGCCAUGUUGGAUAGGAUGCUUAGGCUAUUGUCCACAUAUUCUUUAGUUAGUUGUACCACGGUCACCACCGCUGAUGGUGGUGUUGAAAGGCGUUACAAGCCUACGUCUAUGACUAAGGUCUAUGUUCCUGAUGAAGAUGGUGUUUCAUUGGCUCCUUGCUUGAAGUUAUUUACCGAUAAGGUCUUUCUUCAAAGCUGGAGCAAGCUUAAAGAUUCAGUGUUGGAAGGAGGAAUAGCAUUCAACAUGGUGCAUGGGAUGCACGCAUUUGAGUACCCAGGUGUGGAUGCAAGGUUCAAUGAAGUCUUCAACAAGGCUAUGGCUCAAUCAAUUAUGUUGGUGAAGAAGAUUUUCAAGAAGUACAAAGGCUUGGAGAACUCCAAUGUCCACAAACUCGUCGACGUUGGUGGAGGUCUUGGCCACUCUGUUGCUUUCAUUACAUCUCAAUAUCCUUCCAUCCAAGGCAUCAACUUCGAUUUGCCUCAUGUCAUCAAAGAUGCCCCUCCAUGCCCUGGUGUGGAGCAUAUUGGUGGAGAUAUGUUUGAAAGUGUGCCUGAAGGAGAUGCAAUCUUUCUUAAGUGGAUCCUUCAUGACUGGAGCGAUGAACGUUGCUUGAUAUUGUUGAAGAACUGCUACAAGGCCUUGCCAAAGGACGGGAAGGUCAUUGUCGUGGAGGCAAUUAUCACGGAUGAGCCAGAGAAGACAACUUUUGCACGAUCCAUUAGCCAAGUAGACUUGUUGAUGAUGACGCAAAAUCCAGGAGGGAAAGAGAGGAGCAAGAGGGAAUUUGAAGCUCUAGCCAAAGGAGCUGGAUUUACAUGCUUCAACUUCCAAUAUACUGUGCACGGCUUUUGGGUUAUGGAAUUCUACAAGUGAUUUUGUGAAUCUGCUACGCAAACAUUACUCUGAGGGAUCGUAUAUUAAUAAUAUGCAACAUUCGUUGUGACAUUAAUUAGUCUUAUUUUAUCAACUAAGCUAGUUGAAAUGUCAGAAUAAUUAAGUGCAUUUGUAUUUUAUAUCCUAAGAAAUCUUUGUAUACUUUUGUGUUGAGAAACCUUUUACAAGAGUUAAUUUGUAUCUCGAGCUUGAAAUAAGCAUAAAUUUCAUCAUAAUUUAUUCCGUUACUUAUUAUACA